AUCAGUUCAAAGAACUGCCACUCCGGAGUGACCAAGCUUGUUGCUUGUUUGGCCAGCGACUUUGAUCAUAUAAACGGAUCAACACGACUGCAUGGAUGAUAUGGCUUUAAGGUGUAGCAAAUGAUCUGACAAUAAGAUGUCCACCAUCAUCCAUCUCUGAGGUCACAAUGAACGCAAUCGCAGUGAGGACCCAUCAAGGAGAAUACUAUGCUGGGGAGACAGUCUAUGGGAUGAUCUACCUCAAAGUUGCAACCCCAGACUUCCAGGCCAAGGUUCAGUUGCUGAUAUCUGGAAUUGAGCACUGUGAAUAUACGCCAGUGGAAGGUGAUGAUUGGUCAAUUAAUCAUCCAGAAGACUGUCUGCGUAAUCCUUAUGAAGACAGAGUCAUGUCAAAUCCUGUGGAGAUUUUUACUCAAAAAGAACCGCUUCCCAUUGGCAACUAUAAAUUUCCCUUCUACUACAAACUCAAACCAGGACUUCCAAGCUCAACGUUCAUCUCGUCACCCAGAGACAACUGGCAAGGUAGUGUCAUCUAUAAAGUCAUUGCCAGUGCCUCGUCUGAGCUGAUUGACACCCAGUCAUUUGUCUGUCUGGGUAAACGGAGAGAGGACAUUGUCAUCAUUGGAUACAGUCAUGACACGAUGAUCAAGGCAUGCUUCUGUUAUGAAAGAGGACGAAUCACACUCAGUGCAGAGUUAGACAAGACAGUGUACAGAACGGGGGAAACGAUGAAACUCACAGUCAAUGUCAACAACAAAUCCUCAGAACUCACAAAAGCAGUCAAAUGCUCGCUGAGACGCACAGUGAAGCUACAUGGCUGUUGGGUCCCGCAAAACCAUCCUCCAAAAGCUGCCGAGUCUUCCCUAAUCUAUGAAUCCUUCCGGAGCGUGGGGAGGAUGAGAACUCAGGAAGAAGUGGAGAUUAACGCUGAGGAGGUCAAGUUAAACAUUCUGGGGAAAGCAUCACCCAAGGAGAAUCGAACCUGGGUUAUUGAUAUGCCUCUAGCUACUGAUGACGGGGCACUCUUGCCUCCAACUACCAUGGGAACAUAUCUAAAAGUUGUCUACAGCAUACUAAUUCAAGUCGCAGUUCCAAGGGCGACAGAUCUUCUCAUUACUGUUCCCAUUUUCCAGGUUUUAUCCUCCGCAAGCUCAGAGUGGCUGGAAUGGAGACCAGAAGCUUGGAUGCAAGAAUGCGAGAUGCCACCUCGCCAAGACAAACUGGCAGUCAAGAAAUCCAUCUUAGAAUCACCUGUAUAUGAGGGACUUCUUUGAUUGCAAAACUUCUUGGAACGGUCGCCAAAGAGCUCCAAGACAUCAAGCUGACAGAGCUUUCCUUUUCUCAAGAAGUUUGAUCUUGACUCUUGAGGAAUUAAAAUUCUCGACAAAUACCAAAGGUGCAAAUUAAGAUAAGUUGAGCCCAUUUAAAACAACAUGCUUCUGCCAUGUAUAACUUAAAUCAUGUAAAUAAGGAAACAUUUGUGACCCGCUCUGUGAAAAUGAGUCAGAUGUAGGCAAUUUCAGGAAUUGAGUUAUAUGCAUGGCUGGAAAG